AAUAUUUUUCUAAUAAUUCUAAUAAUUUCUAAAACUAUACAGGUUGACAUUAAAAUUAUUUUAAAGUAUACUGUAUUAAACACUAAUAACAAAGAUUGAAAAAUGUGUGAAAAAACUACAAAGGUCAAUUAUAUAGUGCGUGAAUUGCAAUUAUCCGAUUGCCGUGAAGUGCAUGAAAUCUGGGCGUCCGUCGGCUGGUCGAGACAUAUACACGAAUCGCAAGUUAUUAUGAAUAUCGACCCCAACGGCCAGUAUGUGGCUCAGGAUAUAGACACCGGAAAGCUGUUGGGAAACAUGUGUGGGGUAAAUAUCACUGAUGAUUUAGCAUACAUUGGUUCUUAUUGUGUGCGACCAGAAUACCAGGGUCGGGGUAUCGGCAAAGCAUUGUGGGAUAAGACUAUUGAACACUUGGGCGACAGAAAUCUCGGACUUGUAUCGUCUGAACAAAAUACAUUUGAGUUUUAUAGAGAUGUCCGUAAUUUCCGGUAUAUUUCCGACAGGUUUGCGAUUAUAAUGAGAGGCUCCCUCACCCCUAACCCACAACUUGUUGAUAAUAUCGAUGGCAUCUCUUUGGUGACCAUCGAUGGACAUAACGUCCGCGAUGUCAUUGAAUACGACAAACACGUUAGCGGUUUAGACCGCACAAUUGACGACCAUGGUCAUGUGGUGGGUUAUUGUUUCAUACUUGAAACAUAUAGCGGAAUGUACUCGGUUGAGCCCCUGUAUGCUGAUAAUGAACGCAUCGCCGAGUUAUUGGUCGGCAAAUGUGUGGCACGUUUGCCGCCAAACCAGAGGUUAAAGUACAGGUGUUGGACCAGUAGUGAAAAGUCACAGAUGAUAGGCACUAAACUUGGAUUGAGCGAGAUAGUCCGAAUGUGGACCAUGUACACCAAAAAAUUAGUAGACCCAGCUCAUAUUGAUAAAGCCUUUUGUCCCGCUAUGCGCGAAAUGCAAUUAUCAGAUUGCCGUGAAGUGCGAGACCUCUGGAAUUCAGCCGGUUUUCCGAUACAUAAAUACCGACCGGAAGUUAUUAUAAAUAUCGACCCCGUGGGACAGUACGUGGCCCAGGAUACCGACACUGGUAAAUUACUGGGAUAUUUGGCUGGGGUGAAUGUUUCGGAUGACUUAGCAUACAUUGGAGGUUAUUGCGUGAGACCUGAAUACCGGGGUCGUGGUAUAGGCAAAGCAAUAUGGGUUAAGACUGGUGAACACAUGGGCGACAGAAACCUCGGACUAACAACUCAUAAACAAAAUACGUUUGAGUAUUACCGGGAUGUUUACAAUUUCAGAUGUAUUUCCGACACACAAUUAAUUGUAUCGUCGGGUCCACUGACCUCUAACCUCAAUCUCAUCGAUAAUAUCGAUGGCAUCUCUUUGGUGUCCAUCGAUGGACACAACGUCCGCGAUGUCAUUGAAUACGACAAACACGUUAGCGGUUUAGACCGCAGUCUAUUCAUUGAGGGCUUAUAUAAAAAUACAGAAAAUGUCAAUUUGGCGGCCAUUGAUGACCAGGGACAUGUGGUGGGCUAUUGUUUCAUACUAGAGACAUGUAUGGUUGACCGACAGCAGUAUUGGUUGGUUGAGCCCCUGUAUGCCGACAACGAGCGCAUCGCCGAGUAUUGGGAUAAUAAUGAUAAGUCGCGUGCGAUUGUCAAUAAACUGGGAUUAAGUGAAAUGAUGCGUAUAAGGACCAUGUAUACUAAGAAGUUAAUUGAUCCAGCACUUGCCGAUAAAGCAUACUGUCCCGCUAAUAUCGGGUUUUAUACAAUGUGUGACAAAAAUACCAAGGUCAAUUAUAUAGUGCGUGAAAUGCAAUUAUCCGAUUGCCGUGAAGUGCGAGAAAUCUGGGAGUCCGUCGGCUUUCCGAUACAUAAACACCGUUCAGAAGUUAUUAUGAAUAUCGACCCCAACGCCCAGUAUGUGGCCCAGGAUAUAGACAUCGGAAAACUGUUGGGAUACUUGAGUGGUGUAAAUGUGACUGAGGAUCUAGCCUACAUUGGUGCUUACGCUGUACGACCAGAAUACCAGGGUCGGGGUAUCGGAAAAGCUUUGUGGGCUAAGACUAUUGAACACAUGGGCGACAGAAAUCUCGGACUUGUAUCGUCUAAACAAAAUACAUUUGAGUAUUACAGAGAUGUCCAUAAUUUCCGGUAUAUUUCCGACAGACGUGUGAUUAUAAUGGCCGGUUUACUUACCUCUAACCCACAACUUAUUGAUAAUAUCGAUGGCAUCUCUUUGGUGACCAUCGAUGGACACAAUGUCCGCGAUGUCAUUGAAUACGACAAACACGUUAGCGGUUUAGACCGCAGUGUACUCAUUGAGAGCUUAUAUAAACUCCCAGAAACUAUUAAUCUAGUAGCCAAUGAUGACCAAGGUCAUGUUGUGGGCUAUUCUUUCCUAUAUAAGACAAAUAUGGGUCAAUAUCUUUUUGAGCCCCUGUAUGCUGAUAAUGAACGCAUCGCUGAAUUAUUGGUCGGCAAAUGUGUGGCACGUUUGCCGCCAAACCGGAGGUUAGAGUACAAGUGUUGGACCAGUAGUGAAAAAGCACAGAUGAUAGGCACUAAACUUGGAUUGAGCGAG